AUGACAGUGAAGAUUACGACACACGAACAGGCGAAGACGCUGAUCGAAACGCACGACACGUUUCUGUUUGACUGCGACGGGGUGAUCUGGAUCGGGGACGAGCUGCUUCCGCACGUGAAGGAGACGAUUGGCUUGCUGCAGGCGCUCGGGAAGACGCCAAUCUUCGUGUCGAACAACAGCACGAAGGCGCGGACAGACUACGUGGCGAAGCUAGCGGGGUUCGGGAUCGGCGGGAUCGAGACGAGCCAGAUCAUCAACUCGGCGUACUCGACGGCGAUCUACGUGCACGAGGUGCUCCGGCUGCCGAAGGACCAGAAGGUGUGGGUGCUUGGGCAGAGCGGGAUCACCGCAGAGCUGCAGCUGCUCGGGUACGAGACGGUGACGUUCGACGACCUGGAGGCGGCGGCGGCGGCCCGUGGGGCGGCGCCGCUGGCGAUGGAGGACGUCCACGAGCUCGUCGACCCGGGCGUCGGCUGCGUCGUCGUCGGGCUCGACUUCCAGCUCACGUACCUCAAGCUCGGCGUCACGCUGCAGCACCUCCUCGACGGCAAGACGCCCUUCAUCGCCACGAACAUCGACUCGACGUUCCCCUUCAAGAGCACGCGGCUGCCCGGCGCCGGGGCCAUCGUCGAGACGGUGGCCUUUGCCAGCGGCAGAGAGCCCGACGCCAUCUGCGGCAAGCCCAACGCCGGCAUGAUGGACUCCAUCCUGGCGCACCACCGCCUCGACAAGACCCGCACCGUCAUGGUCGGCGACCGCUUGAACACCGACAUGCGUUUCGGCAGCGCCAACGGCAUCGACACGCUCCUCGUGCUCACGGGCAUCGACCGCGAGGCCAGCGUCGCCGCCGGCCACGACGACGUCUCCUUCUACGCCAACGCCCUUGGCGACCUCUACACCCUCUAUAACUCUGUCUAG